ACCUGGAGAUUUGUUGGAGUCUCGGAUGGGAUUUUGGAGAAAGGACCAUGUGAGGCAAGAUUACCGAUGCUGUUCCCUCGGUGCACUCGAUGGAAUCAGGUCCACCACCAUCAAAGCUUUCACCUGAAUCUGGCGCGGGCAAGACUGGAGGACCAAGUGCUAGCACUUGCAGAAAUUCCAUGCACCGAAAAAGAGCUCUUAGCAGAAUUUUGGCAGAGAGUGCUGCCAGUAAUGAAGGGAUAGAUGCACCUAGCACUGUAGAUUUUGAAGAGACAGAGGGCUUCUCUCUACAGGAUCCUGGACCAUUAGUGCUUCAUCGUGGGUCACAGUGCAACAUCAGAUGUCUGCAAUGCUCAUCAGGACCCGUCCCCAUCCUCCACCUCGGGGACAGCAGGAGAGACUAUAUGGCCGCCUUCAGUACAAGUCCAAAUAGGUCCAAUGAUUUGGAUAAUGGGCAGCAGCUACAUUCGUCGUGGGGAAGAGAGGGCCAGAGAGACCAUGGGGGCCAAUUUUGGCCUAGCGGCCAAGGUUCAAUGGUUUGGCUGGGUGGUGGACUUCGAUGGCACGGACUCCUUCCUUUCUUCAACCGGUCCCUUAGAGGAAGAGCAGCCCCGGAUAUCCUGCUGAUUCACUGCGGCGGGAACAACUUGGGAUGCAGGAAGAGCAUCGAUCUCAUCGCAGCGAUGAAGCAGGAUCUGCAACAUCUCAAUCAGCGUUUCCCUCAGAUGAUCAUCGUGCUGUCUGACAUCACCCAGAGACGUCGGUGGAGAUCGGGCCAUCCGGGGAAAAUUGACAAGUCACAAGUCACACAAAGUUAUUUGGGCAAACAAAGGCUUAAGUCAAAUUGCUGAUUUAUUUAACAAUAACAUUCUCAUCUCGUUUGAAGAUUUGAGGCAAAAGUAUGACAUCCAACCAAAUUUUUUUUAAAUACAUGCAGAUAAGAAGCUAAAUAUUUAAGAUGCAUAAAUCUUUGUUUCUACCUACUCUUAGCUGCAUAGAAGAAAUAGCAACAAAUCAACACCCUAAGAGGGAAUUGACGUCAAGUUUCUAUGCAAUAAUCGUGGAUGGAUCAAAAGUUUCUUCAGAGAGUAAGAGACUGGCAUGGUGUGAGGAUUUAAAUUCUGUAAUCUCAACUGAGGAAUGGCAGAAGAUUUGCUUAAAAUCUCAAACACAAACAAUAAAUACCCAUUUUAAAUUACUUCAGUAUAAGUGGAUAAUGAGAACAUAUGUAACACCAACUCAGCUAAAUAAAUUCAGCCCCAAUAAUCCCGACACGUGCUACAAAUUUGGUAGAAAGGACACAUUAUAUCACUGCCUAUGGGACUGCCCACGAAACCAGUUUUUUUGGAGGGAAGUGAUGGAUAUGAUUUUACAUGUCACAGGUAUAAAGCUAUUAUUAGAUGCCAAACUGUGUAUCUUUGGCGUCUUUCCCGUAAAUCAUAAUCUCAGCAAGGUAAAUAAAUCUAUGAUUACUUUCUGCAUCUUACAAGCUAAAUAUACCAUAGCCAAAUCUUGGAUUAAUGUAAAUGUAAAUGUAAAUUAAUGUCUGGCUUGCAGGACUGUCAGACUGUCUUGCACUGGAAAAGCUCACUUUUACAUUAAAGGGUAAAUAUCUCAUCUUUGACAAUAUGUGGAGAUCCAUUAUGGUGUUCUUAGAGGGGAGGAAAGCAUUGGAGGCAUGCUCUCUGUGUGUGUUAACCAUCAACAAAUGAAUAUUGCUAUGUAUUUAAUAUACGUCUGUCUUUGCUUCGUUAUAUUUAAAGUGCUUUUCUCUUCGGGAUAAGUUAACAUUUGGGCCACCGGUGAUUCUUAAGGAUGAUUUAUGCUGACUUACUGUACCAAAUAUCGCUUGUUUCAGCCCUGUCAUGUUUGUUUAUUUUAUUGACGAUGAGCCUUACUGUGACAGUUCUGAUUUGCACCUGUAUUAUUUGUUGUAGUGUGAUUAUUUUC